AUGUUCGAAUACGAUCGCUUGGCGUUAGAUGUUGCUGAACAGUUUCUGCGAUCUCGAUCGAGAGAGACGACAAUCUCCCCAUCUACGCAAAUUUUCGACCCUUUUAGAACAAUUGGUGUCGUGAGUUUUUCACCUUCUAACUCAGAUGCUUUUGAUUGUGGAGCAAGUUCCGGUUACGCAAGCCCUGGAACAGGUGAAACACCACUGUCAAGUCCCACACCACAAAUUUUUUCGUUGCCUAGUCAUGUACAGCGUGCACUCUGUGAUUCGGGAUGUUAUGAUGAUCUCGGAAAUGGUGCAGUAUUUCUUGGUCCAACCGUUAUAGAUAAUCUACAUAGCAAAAAGAUUGGAAACUCAGAGAAUGAUGAAAAUCUACCAUCACAAGCAGCUGAAAAAGAUGGAUUCUCAUCAGAUGAAAUUGCUCAGUUUACACAGUUACUUUGUUCACCGAAAAAAGCUCCUCCAUCAAAGUACCAAUGUCACAUUUGCUAUCGCACUGGGCACUAUAUAUCUGACUGUCCAAUGAGAUUUAAUAGUCCUUACGAAGAGCUCACUCCAUAUCAAGGUAGGAAAAAGUGCUACGGUGAAUUUCAAUGUCACCAGUGCAAAAGAAAGUGGACAAGCCAGAAUUCAGUUGCUAAUGAAGCACAGAGUUGCAUAAAAUGCCACAUCUCGGUAUUUCCACAUAAACAGUUACCUGUGGAUAAAGCUGUAGCCAUGGGUUUGGUGAAAGCACAACGUGUUGGCCCAACAAAGUUGGGACCAAUUGGCCACGGUCGUCCACCUUUCAAUACUAUUCGACAAUAA